AGUGACUGCUGUGGGUUUAGGGUUUAACAGAAGUACAAAACCAUUGGAGGUCCUAAUAAGCUGUGUCAACGCGAACUACAAUUAGAAUUGGAGAACAAAAGCAACUUAGCACCAGCAAUCGUCAAAUUUUCGAUCAUGUCGUCCUCUGCUAGUAAAAGUUUAGAGAACGAAAUUCCUGCGAACUCCGAAUCUCCUGAAACCUCAAACCAUCCUUCUCCUUCUGAAAUCAAAACACCUGCAGAAGUUUCAGACCUUUCUGUCGAUGAUAAAGGCCAAGAUUCAGGAGUUUCAGAUAAGUUGAAUGUCUCUGGAAGCGAAGAAGGUGAAGAUGGAGAAGAUGAGGAAGAGGGAGAAUGUGGGUUUUGUUUGUACAUGAAGGGAGGUGGAUGCAGAGAUAGUUUCAUCUCUUGGGAAAAAUGCGUCGAAGAUGCAGAGAAGAACCAGGAGGAUGUGGUCGAAAAGUGUUCUGCGAUCACGGGAAUUUUGCAUAAGUGUAUGGAAGCUCAUGCAAAUUACUACGAACCGAUACUUCGGGCGGAGAAAGCAGCAGAAGAAGAGGUGUCCAAGGAAUUGGAGCGAGAAGCCGCUUCGAGGGAAUCAGAGCAGAAAACGAAGCCAAAGGAUAAACAGGAAGCGUAGUGGUUUAUUCAAUUUUGUUAUUUUUUGUUUCAUGAUAAAAAUUAUUUAUAUUUAAUUUUUCGGCUGACAAUUAAUUGUUAUUUAGACCGUCAGAUCCUUGGAGGCAAGUUAGUAGGAGAUCCUGCUAUUUUAAUGCUCAAUGUCACUGGUGUUCUCCAUAGGGGAUAAAUAAAUGGAUGAGAUUUUUGUUGUUUAAAUUUGUCUCCAAGUCUGAAUACUUAAAUUUAACUAAUCAGUAGCCU